AUGCUGCGGCGGUCCAUCGCCUCAUUGACUCGCUGUGGCCUCCCGCGGUCGGUGGCCGCGAUCCCACCGUCUGGCACGAACCCCAAGCGCUUUGCCCGCGCGUUUCGAGCCGUGCAGCAGACGGAGCGCCACGUCAUUGCUGCGCUGGUGGUCAAUCAACCAGGCUGUCUGGCUGAGAUCGCCAACCUAUUCGCUGCUCGAGGGUACAACAUUGACAGUCUGGUGGUCGGGCGCACAGAGGUCGAGGAGCUCUCGCGCAUGACUGUAGUCAUCAAUGGCACUGCGCAGAGUGCGGUGAACAUGAAGCAGCAGCUGGAAGAUGUUGUGUACGUGGCUGUCGUAAACAUCCUCAGUGGUGGGCAACAGGCAGAAAAAAGCUACGUCGAGCGCGACUUGAUGCUGGCAAAGGUGUCGACAGCUAAGGCUGGGUCCCGUGCGGAGGUUGUAGAGCUAUCUAACCUGUUUGACGCGAAGAUCAUCGACGUGCGACCGCAUCAGGUCAUGGUGCAGCUGGCUGGUACUCCUAGUCGUAUUGAGGCCUUUUUGAACCUGCUAAAGCCGCUGGGCAUCACAGAGAUCCACCGCAGUGGUGUCAUUGCAAUGGCCCGCAGUACGAGUGUGACUGACAAGCUGGGUCAUCUUUCAACGUUUGAGGGCGCCACUCGCACGCUUCUGGACGAGCCCGAUGAUGAAGCGGUUGACGUCUCUCGCCUCCCGCCUGGCUAA